GUAUCUGAUAAUACAUAUGGUUUUCAUUCUUUUUCUGAAUUGGCUAUAGGCUUAGGAAUACAAUUCAAAGAUGAUGACUAUGGUCUUCUCUGGAUGUAAAUGGAAACCGAGAAUUAUGAAGAUGGUUUGAGGAGUUCUUUAAUCAUAUAAGAAACAAACAUAUAUGCAUGGUGGAAGAAGCUUAGGUUAAUUGGAGCCAUAUAGCAAGAGGGAAUCAUCAUCAUCAACUAAAGGGAGAUUUUGGAUAUACAAGGUGGCGGGUUCGGACGAGUUUCGAAAGUUGAAGGCCGUGGAGGAUGAAGAGGGUGGAGGCUCAUCAUCAUCACAUGGUUGUUCAUCAACAGUAUCAGAGCUGGAACAACUAGUAACAGGAAUGCACGCCAACCCACAAGAACAGUGGUGGGGCCAUGAACAACAACAAUCAUCAGGAGGAGCUUCUAUGAUGUAUCAGCAGCAUCAUCACGAUGAUGUUUCUGCCUCUGUUCUUUGGGGUAGCCAUAAAAGAGGGCGUCAAGAAGAAACUGAUAUUCAUACUGCUGGUACAUCUUCUCAUAAUCAAUUGUUACAACAUGUCACUACUCUUCAUGCAUCACAACUAAGUGGCAGCGGCGGCAGCAGCAGUACAGGAACAACUUCAAGCGAAAGUGGUGCAUCCUACGAAGAAACAGGGGAGAGAAAGAGGAAAUACAGAGGAGUGAGGCAGAGACCAUGGGGAAAAUGGGCCGCAGAGAUUCGAGACCCUCAAAAAGCAGCAAGAGUUUGGCUUGGAACCUUUGACACGGCGGAAGCGGCCGCAAGAGCUUACGAUGAGGCAGCAUUGAGGUUCAGAGGAAACAGAGCCAAACUCAACUUCCCUGAAAAUGUUAGAGCAAUCCCAGUACCACCACAACAAACAACCGUCGUUCAGGAGUCUCCCGCACCAGUUUUUCGGCCGGUGAUGCAGGCGCCACGGCCUCCUCUUCAGUUCUCCUCUGAGCAGAUGAUGAAGGAUUACUGUCAGUAUUCUGAGUUAUUGAAGAGCUCCGGUGACCGUUUUCAUGGAUUUGAUCAGUGGCUUUACCAUUCACAAAUGAAUUUGGCAACUCAAACUUCGUUAUUAUCAUCAACGUCUUUGGCUUCGUCUUCGUUUUCAUUUUCGUCUUCAUUGCCGACUGAGUUUUCACAGUCUACUAGUCAAUCCUCAUCUGCUUCUUUUCCUCUGCUGUUUUCUUCAGUUCAACAGCAACCAGGACAACAACCAGGGUUUUUUCGUCCACCGAGAUAUUAUUCUGACAAUACCAGAGGAGCAAGCGGCGGAUUGAGUUUUCCACCAACUUCAACGUGGCCAGAUACCCAUGGCUAUCCUCCUCCGAGUUGAUGUGGGAUUCUUUUAUUUUAUUUUUUUAAAUUUUAGGGGAGACUCUAGUUGUAAGUAAUUAAGAACUGUUGCAUAAACCUUAAACUGGUUAUUUAGUUUAACUUAUCACAUUAUUUUACAGUUUUUAAA